ACUGACAGAUACACCAAGGAAGCCAUUGACAAGAUUGGUAAACUGCUGUCAAGGACGUAGUCUUGUUGGUAGGCAUAUUUAUCCACAUAUUGCAUUUAAUAUAUCUAUGUUAUAUGUUAAAGUUGGAGAAUAAAUCAUUUCUGAUUUCCAUUUUACUAUCAUUAGCUUUUUUUUUUUUCAGUGAAGUUUCUGUGAAUAUGUCUGUUAGUUGAUUUUGUGAUUGUCCCAUCUGUGAUUCCUGUGCUAUAAAUUAAUAUAUCUAAGGCAUCAGUGAUAUCAUCAUGCUAAAUUGCUAAUUGUAUCACAUCAGCUUCAAAUUGUUUACACCAUCAUGCAGAUAAUUACAGUGAAGCAGAACUUAAUUAAUCACUUAAAAUUUUCUCCUGCCUCAUUGUUGAGAACUAUCCAUAAAGAAUUUUUCAUCCAUGGAUGGGAAUCAGAUCCAAUCAUCCAAUGACAUUAAAUUGAUAUUGUUUAUUGCAAGUGACAUUAAAUUUUAUUUGUUUUUUAUUCAAACUCAUUCUCAUCCACCACCAAUUUUUUUUUCCCAAAACAAAGGUCAAAUAUGUCGAGUGAUGCAGCAACGAGUUGAAGGCAUACCAAAUGAGCAUGAGAAUAAUUAUAGCCAAAAUUAAAUAAUCUUUAAGAUUUAAGGCCUUCUAAAUUAAGCAAUUGCCAAUUGAUUAUGAUCAUGAGGUAUGAAGCCUAUUUCCAACUUCUUGGACAUCUUGAAACCAGUUUGUUUAUUGAACUCCAUCAAAGACUCGCAUCUUUUAAUGAUCAAUGCCAUUACCGCUUAUUAGUGAUUAAUCAAGUUCUUUAGAGCCAUAAAUCUCCACAUGCAACAAAUUAUUGCAAAAUGAAAUUUAUAUAUGUAUAUAUAUAUAUAUAUAUAUAUAUAUAUAUAUUGCAAGAAGCGGGGUUUCGAAUCCCACUUCUCUUGGAUCAACCACCAAGAAACCCCAAACAAAGAUCCCAACCAGAACGAUAAGCAAACCUGGGAGGAUGAAGGAUAAGCCCUUGCCUUGACCUCCCGAACCGAGGAUGCCGUCACCGAUCCGAGGAUGUUCCCGAUGGAGGUGUGCGAGCUCCAUAUCCUCAUGAUAAGUCCCUGCCUUGACCUCCCGAACCAAUUCCCCACCACAGAGACCACAAAGGGCCAGCCGAUUGAGUGGAAUAACCCUGCGAGUACCUGGACAGCGAUGAAGAACACGAAUCGGUGGAUUUUGAGGAAGAAUCCGAGGCCGAAGGCGAUGGUGGACGCACCGGAGAGGAGGAAGCGGAGAUCAAGGCGAGAGGAAGGCGAUGUCGAGUUCGCCAAGGCGGUGAGGGCCUCGGGGAUCGUUGAAGAGUCGACAGUGGGUUUGACGAUGGAGAUGAAGAUGGAGUUAUGGUUAGGGUUUCCAUUGGAGAUGGAGCAUGGCGAACAGAGAGCCAACGGUGAUGGCGAGUAUGGGGAGGUGCGGCCGUGAGGUGACGUUCCGCUGCGAACGACGGUGGAGAUUGUCCGGAGAUCAGAGCUUUGACUUAUCUCGAGGCCAGCUGACGUGGAGAUUGCAUCUCAGACUGAUGACGUGGCGAGUUAUGCUGACUGUGUUUUUUCCGGUAUCCACGUCAGCAGCAUGGAUGUGGUUACUCGCGGCCAAAUGGCUACCUUGCCUGCAUAGAAGAGGAAAGGAUUGCUCUGCUAGACAUUAAACUCUCGCUGACUGCUGAUGGGCAUCCUUUCUUUCAAACAUGGAAUAUUAGUUAUAGCAGUGACUGCUGCAGAUGGGACCGAAUACAGUGCUCGCCAAUGACAAAGCGCAUCACAAGUCUAGACCUCAGUUGGGACUCGGAUGGUGGUUCCCGGUUUUCAUACUACACUCUGAACAUAUCUUUGUUCUUGCCAUUCAAAAAAUUGCGAAGCCUGGUGCUUUUCAACAAUGGUAACACUGCUUGUCUUCCUAUUGAUUGUUUUCAACACCUUGUUCCAUUGGAGAGGCUAGAGUACUUAGACAUCUCUGCAAACUACUUUGAUGGCAAAACUCUUGCAUCUUUGGCUUCUCUGAGAUCUCUCAAAGGGUUGGCACUGAUAGGCAAUGGCAUGGAGAGUGACUCCUUUAUCAGUGCAUUGGGGGAUUGGUUAAGGAUGAACAGGCUCGAGUACUUGGAUGUGUCUUCCAAUAGUUUGAAUGCAACCAUUGUUCCAUUUUUGGCUGGAUUGACUUCACUCAAAACUCUCUCCCUUAGUGAUAACCAAAUGCAAGGAAGCCUUCCAUUCAAAGAGUUGAGCGGAUUAAACAAACUUGAAGUGUUGGAUUUGAGUUGGAAUGAAUUUAGUGGAGACAUUCCAUCCAUGGAGAAUGAAUGGAGCUCACUCAAAGUCUUAUCUCUGUCACGGAACAAGCUCAAUGGCACCUCCUUGGAAGGAUUGUGCAAGACAAAGAAACUUCAAGAGUUGGACCUUAGUUCUAAUAAGUUGAUUGGAGACCUCCCCUCUUGUCUAGGAUAUCUUUCAUCCCUUAAAUUUUUUGCUAUUUCCAACAAUCAAUUCAAAACUGAUUUCCCUUCAGCCAUGAUAAAAAAUCUUACGAUGCUUGAAUAUGUUUUCUUCAAUGAUAAUAAUUUCGAAGGCACUUUCCCAAUAAGUUCACUUGUCAAUCACACUGAACUCAAACUAUUGGACCUUUCAAACAAUAAUUGGCUUGAAGUCCAAACUGAAUAUCCAUCAUUGCUACCAUCAUUUCAAUUGGAUGGUAUCAUAUUAACAAAUUGCAUCGUCAAUAGUUCAAUUCUCACUUUCUUGUCCUCUCAGCAUUAUAUUCGAUACAUUGAUCUUUCUAAUAGCAACAUGAAUGGUGAUAUUUCCACAUGGUCGUUUGAGAACAAGACCAAUCUGAGCUUCUUAGAUUUCCAUAACAAUUCUUUGACCGGACAACUUAUCCUUCCAUCUCAUGUCAAAAUAAAUUUGCCAUGGCUUGAUUUGUCUAACAAUAAACUCAUCGGAGAAAUUCCGGCGAGCUUUGGCUUCUCACUUCCUAACUUAACAUACUUGAAUAUGUCUCGCAAUUUGUUCCAAGGUGCCAUUCCUCCCUCAUUUUCUAAUAUUCAUCAGUUACGAUAUUUAGACUUGUCAAAUAACAAUUUCUCAGGACAACCAUCUGAUUCGAUUGGAGGUCUACACCAACUUGAUAUAUUAGACUUGUCUAAAAACAAAUUUCAUGGAAAGCCACUACCAGAGAACUCAAACUUAGCUUCGCUAUCUUCUCUGCUUCUGAAUGACAAUCAAUUCAUUGGGAAAAUUCCAAGCUAUCUAUGUCAGAGUAGACUAAUGUUUGUAGAUAUAAGUGAAAACCAAUUGUCUGGAAAUCUGCCGAGUUGUUUGAGUAACCUUUUUCUCAUUAUCCUUAAUGUCGGAGGAAAUAAUCUGGAAGGCCAAUUACCUAAUGACUUAUGCAAUUGCUCUUCUCUUCAAUAUUUAGAUCUUUCUAGAAAUCAUUUCUUCGGCAAAAUUCCAUCUUGCUUCAAUCUGUCUAACUUGGAAUACCUCAAUUUAAAUGAUAAUCUACUCACAGGUUUAAUUCCCAUAGCUUUGUCAGGCACCCCUUUGAAAAUAUUAGACAUUGGAAACAAUGAAUUUUUUGGUGAUAUCUCUAGUUGGAUAAGGGGAGCUAUCCUAAACCUUGAGAUACUUUCUUUAAAAGGAAAUAAUUUCACAGGACCAAUAUCAGAAAAAAUGUGCAACUUGAAAUAUGUUCGGAUACUAGAUCUUUCUCAUAACAAUUUCUUCGGACACAUACCUUCAUGUCUUGACAAUAUGGGGCAUGUUGAGAGCGUGCGAUCUUUUUCUGUGGAAAUUAACACAGGAAUAACUUGGGAAUUUCAUCCCUCUUACAGAGGCAUUAUCGAGGUGAAGGAUUAUGGUGGUUAUCUCACAAUAAUGGAAGUUGAAGACAUUGACUUUGAGACAAAGAGCAGAUUAUACAUUUACAAGGGGAGCAUCAUAAACUAUUUUUCUGGACUAGACUUGUCUUGCAACCAACUUGUCGGUAAGAUACCAAUGGAGAUGGGCAACAUGAGUUGGCUACGAGCUUUGAACUUAUCUAACAAUCAACUUUCUGGGCCGAUUCCUGAUACAUUAUCAAGGUUGACAGAUAUUGAAAGUUUAGACCUCUCCUGCAACAUGUUGACAGGAAAUAUACCUACACAAUUAGCAGAGCUAUAUUUUAUAGAGGUCUUCUCAGUGGCAUACAAUAAUCUAUCUGGUCCUACACUGGGAAGGGUCUCGCAAUUUAGCACAUUUGAUGAAAGCAGUUACAAGGGGAACCCAUAUCUUUGCGGUCCACCAUUGGUAAGGAAUUGCACACCAUUGCCAUCACCACGACAAGGUGAGGUAGAAGAUGAUUUUGGGAAUGAAGAAACAAUUGACAAUCUUUUUUUCUUCGCAUCUUUUACACUGGCUUUCAUCAUUGGCUUUUGGGGAUGGAUGGCUCUACUCUACUUCAAGAUAAGUUGGCGCCACUAUCUGUUUGUUGUAAUAGAUAGCUAUGGUGAGGAAGUCUUUUUAAGAUUUAGUAAUUUGGUAGCAAAAACAAAGUCAUGUUUUUUGGUAUGCAUUUGAUCAUUUACUAUUUCAGAUGUCCAGAGAGUUUGGAAUGUUUUUCUUAAUUUACUGCAACUUAGCAUCAUGGAUGGUCUAUUAGUUAGGAUUUGUCUUUUAACUGUUUGACUUUGUAUUUCUAGCUUCUUUGAAAGACUUGAUCCAAGUAAGG